GGACUUAAUUAAACUUAGUUCAGCUCUCUCAUCGUUUUCUUACCGAUCCAACCACUAAAAUAUGAUACUUUGAUCUGCUCCACUUCCAGCUGCCGAGGUAUUCCUCCAAUCGCGUUGCCUCCUUUGUUGGCAGCCAUCUUCAUUUUCGCUUCCUCUGCCGCCUUGAUUGCCGCCGCCGUUGUCGUGCUCCCGUCGUCGCCCGCGUCCUCUUCUUCGUUCUUCAACUCUCCUAUCGGUUCCGCCUUUUUGGCUGUUUCCGCCUAUUCUCUUUUACGCUUAUCUCCUUCCUCUCUCUCUCUGUUGUUUCUGAAUGGCUCCGCCACACGUUCUCGCUGUGCCUUUCCCUGCUCAAGGCCAUGUCAUUCCCCUCAUGGAGCUCUGCCACUGCUUGGUAGAACACGGCUUCAAGGUCACCUUCGUCAAUACCGAGUUCAACCACAAGCGUCUGCUCGCCGCGUUGUCCGAGGAGAGCACCGUGGACCAGAUCGCUCUGGUCUCGGUCCCCGACGGAUUAGGGCCGGCGGAAGACCGGAACGAUCUCGGGAGGCUAACGGAAGCAUUCACGAAGGUAAUUCCGCUGUGCUUGGAGGAACUAAUCGAGAAGAGCAACGAAACAGAGGAUCCGAUGACUUGCAUGUUGGUGGAUGUGAAUAUGGGAUGGGUGCGGGAGGCUGUCCGUAAGAAGGGUCUCCGGUCAGCCUUUUUCUGGCCGGCUUCAGCCCAGUUGCUAGCCACUCUGCUGAGCAUUCCGGAGUUGAUUUCGAGAGGCAUCAUCGAUGCCGAUGGCACAACGAUCUCAGAGCACGGAAGGUUCCAGCUCGGCCCCGGCUUGCCAUUCAUCGACGCGCCGCAGUUGACAUGGAACUUUUGUGGUGGAGACGGAAGAACCAAAAAGCUAAUCUUCAACUACAUCGUCAACAACAACAGGGCCAUCGACGUCGCGGACUUCAUCAUCUGCAACUCCUUCAAAGAGCUCGAAGAGCCAAGCUUCCGUUACAAUCCAAAGAUUCUUCCAAUCGGGCCGCUGCUAACCGGCCUCCGGCCGAACCGCGCCGUGGGGAAUUUCUGGCCGGAGGACGCGGCCUGCUUGUCGUGGCUGGACGAGCAGCAGCCGGGUUCCGUCGUCUACGUGGCUUUCGGGAGCUUCACCAUCUUCGACCGAGGCCAGUUCCAGGAGUUCGCGCUCGGGCUGGAGGCGACUGGCCGACCGUUCUUGUGGGUGGUCCGGCCCGACCUAACCGGUGACUCUGCCGAUGCCUAUCCGGAUGGAUUCAAAGAGCGUGUCGGAGACAGAGGGAGGAUUGUGGCUUGGGCACCUCAACAGAAGGUGCUGGCUCACCCUUCUGUCGCUUGCUUCGUGUCUCACUGCGGUUGGAACUCCACCAUGGAAGGCGUCAGGAACGGGAAGCUCUUCCUCUGUUGGCCAUAUUUUACGGACCAAUUCCUGAACCAGAACUACAUUUGUGACGAUUGGAAGGUGGGUUUACGCUUGACGCCUGACGAGAGUGGGAUCAUUAAGCGGGAACAGGUGAAAUCCAAGGUAGAAGAGUUGCUUUCGAACGAGGAGAUGAGAGCAAGGGCAUCGAUGUUGAAGGAGAACGCUCAGCAGAACCUUAACGAAGGCGGCGCUUCGUUCGAGAAUCUUAAGACCUUCAUGGAUGCUUUCAAAGCAUAGUGAUUUAGUGAUUCGAAGAACAAAUAAAAUGCUUGAUAUCUUCUCCCAAAUUUGAUGUUUUCUUAUGGCUAAUAGAAGUAAAAACUACAAAACUCAGGUAUGUGGCCUAAGAAUGUUGUCUUCAAUAAUACCUGUAGUCCAGUUAUUUAAAUUACGACGUCUAGAUUAUGAUUAUUUAUAGUAUUAACUUCGAAUGAGCAUUGACACA